UAUUCCGUGAGAAGUCUCUCUCUCUCUCUCUCUCUCUCUCUCUCAGAGAUUACAAAGCUUCAAUAACACACUACUACUGCGUCCACUGCAAUUUACAAAUACAUUUCUCAGCAAGAACACACACACACCACAUCCAUUUUUCUCUUCCAGUUUACUGACACACAAACAAACAAUCCCUAUUCAUGGACUCAACCAAGCACACAUGCCUCAAACUUCAACUCCCCAACAAAUCCCAACCAGACCAGACCGAACCCAUCUUCGUCAAGGCCACAUGGUUCUCCUCUCGCUUCGACCUCUCCAUCACCGACGGUCUCGAUGCCUGGACUCUCAACGCAACUGAGGAUGAGGUGAGAGAGAGGGCGUCUCAGUGGGACCAACCCGUCCCCGAAUACAUUGAAUUGGCCGAGCGUCACCUAGGGUUUCAACAACCCGGCUCGGUUUACGGGUUCGCCGAUGCCGGAAAUGGGCAUAGAAGAUUGUCAUGGACAUUUGAGAAGGAAGGAACCAAGUUAGAAUGGCGAUGGAAAUGUAAGCUGUCACCUGAUAGUAAGAAAAUAACAUAACACACUACUACUGCGUCUCUUAUGGAUGCGAAUAUACGACUAAGUGAUGAAGUUGUCAAGAAAACCCAAUCGUUUGAGAGGCUAAAAGUAGAAGCUGAGAAGUGCUUAGCACAAAGUGAGAAAUUCAGCAAUGAGAAAGCAGAAUUUGAAGCUGCUAUUUAUGCUAAGUUUCUUGGGGUCUUGAAUUCAAAGAAAGCAAAACUUAGAGAUCUUCGAGACCAGCUUUCAAAACAGGAAAAAACUGGGAAAUUGCCUCAAGAAGAGGAGGAAGAAGAAUUCACAGACAAAACAGAGACUUUUGAUGGAGAAAGUGAUAAUGAAAAAAGCAAGGAUGCUGUAGAGAAUCGUACUGGCACUUCAAAAUAUGUACCUCCAAGUAAACCUCGUGGCAGAAAGAGGAAAUAGACAUCUCACUACUACCUGAGUAUGAGUUCCGUUAUGUUAAGCUGCUUCCUGAUCCUCACCGUUCUCUUUCCCGGUCCCUCUACAGUCAUGAAAUCAUGAAGGACUCGGUUUUGUCAGCUUCUCUGAUUUUGUUUUGCGGCUCACCAAAGGCCAAUGUAAAGAAAAUGGAAGUCUCUUACAGUUUCAAGUGAUCAUGUAAUCAGGCUAAUAUAGUUUAAGGGUAGUUUACACUCGGGUUUUUUUUUUAACAAAAAAAAAAAAACUUUUCCUUA